AUGGAUGUUACUGAUGCUGUAUCACGGGCGCCUGUACUCGCCGCCAGCGCACAGAGACGACGACCAGGAAGUGAAAUAUCUCGCCACACGCAGCAUAGUCAACCGACUCAGGAGAAGGAGAAACUCGGUAGGAGGUUGAGAACAUUCGACAACUGGACAGGGACGGUUAAAUCAUUACAGCUCGCUAUUGCGGGGUUUAUGCUGAUCGGCCCUGGGGACAAAGUGGAAUGUGACACCUGCAAGGUUAAACUGUACAACUGGACGGAGACAGAUGUCCCCCUUGACGUACAUCGGAAAUACUCCCCAGACUGCAGCUUCCUCAAGAAGUGGUUUCCUGCGCUUACGCCUACGCUACGAUCUGGAUAUGAUGUUACCAAGGCAAAGUAUAGCGAUUUUGUUGAACAGGUAAAGAGACUGGGCACGUUUGAAGCGUGGCCCCUUAAACUGGAUAUUCAAUCUCCUCCAAACAUGGCUGCCGCCGGGUUUUUUCUAUAUCGGCUCUGCAGACCGAGCUCGGUGCUUCUACUGCGGGCUGACAUUAAGGGACUGGGAUACUGA